AACCAGUUAAACGGUUUCAGCGGGUGACUGGGAGUACUGCUGUUACCGUCCGGGACGUUCAUGUUGUAAAGAAUUUACACAUGAGCUUUAAAGCAAAGUGGACGCUCCUUCAUUUUAGCACAUUUAUUUUCACGUCAGUAUGCGAUAGAUUUAGUUUUUAAAAUUAGCGGCACAGCGAGCAUCGGAUUUCUUUUCCAGAAACUUGGAUAUCAAAGGCCAUCACCAUGAACUCCGUACUAUCAUCUGUUCGUUCCCUCAUGCAAAUGUUUGAUGGCAAAGCACAAGAAUUUAUCACUGACAUUGAUAAUGUCCACGUGGUUUGGCUUGAGGAGAUCCAACAAGAAGCCAACCGCAUGUUCUCAAGGGAUUUUAAUGCUGAACCAGAAUUAAUGCCAAAAACACCAUCACAGAAAAAGAAUAGUCGCAGGAAGCGUGUAUCUUUGGGACGUCAGGAAGAAAAUCAAGCAAAGCGAAGGUUUUCAAAGGGAAAGCGCAGUAACCUCCGAGGCUCCUCUGUCAAAUCACUGAACUUCAUUGCUGAAGAAGGAUCCAUUCCUGAGCCCUCCUCUUCUGAAGCCAGCACCUCCACACAGCCUAAACGCACCACCCGCAAAAACAAACAGACAAAGCCAGAGGUGGCAGAGGAUGUGAGCCAUUCAUCUCAUGGCAGCUGUAAAACUGAAGAGGUGCAGAACAAGAAGCCCGAGCUGGCAGAGGAAGAAGAGGUGGACAAUAAUAAGGAGAUGAACAAUGCAGAAGUCCAGCCCAAUGACGCAUGUAGCACUGCCCAGUCUCCAGCUAAGAUACCCUCACCUGAGGUUGUUGUCAACAUCUCACCAGCAGACCGCUUGUCCGCUGAGCUCGCUAAAAAGCCAGAACCCUCUCCUGGCCGUACAGCUGCUAAGAUUGCAAUAGCCGGAGCUCAAAGCUCACGGCGGAGCUCGAUGCGAUGCUCCCUCAAACUACGUCACUCACUGGCUGGUCUGCGGCACAGUAUGACGCAGGAGUCUGUUCGCCGUGCCUCUCGCCGUUCCAUGCUUAAGAGGAAGGCAGCUCGCGUGGGAAACUCCACAUGUAGCAGCAACAUUAGUGAGGACUCUUGCCUGGACUCUGCAGAGGAAGAGGAUAAGGAGGCCAUGUUAGAAGCUGGAACUGCAGACACAGAGGGUAAUGCUGCAGCAGAGGAAUCUAAAGGAACUCCAGAGAUUAAGCGGAGUAUACAUCCAUCUGUUGGGCGCAUUACUCGUUCUGUGGUUGCAAACUCUCCCACACUGGCACCCCCAUCGUUGUUUGCCAGUGACCAGAAAGUGAGCACUCCCAACAAGAGAACAGUCGUCACUGAGAAGCCACAGACAUCCCAGUCAGUCCGGAGGUCACGUCGCAGUACUAAACGUAAAGCACCAGACACUGUAGAGGAAAGUCCCACAAAGAGGUUCUCGCCUCCCAAGAAAAGUCAGAGUACAAUGAGGCCCAACAUGAGAUCAUUCCUCCACACUGUGCAGAAGAAUCAGCUGCUGAUGAUGACUCCAAAUUCCCUCGGCCGCACAGCUGUUAUCAAGUCCUUUAUUAAACACACCACUCCAAUUAGGGCUGAUCCUAAGUUGAGUGGUGGUAUAGUGACAAAAGAGCGUCACAAACUGGAAGCACUUAAAAAGAAGCAGGAGCAAGAGGAGGAAAGGAUGAAGAAAAUGGAGGAGGAGAAGAAAAAGAAACAGGAGGAACUUAAAAGGAAGAGGGAUGAGAGGCUAAGGAGGGUUUUUGAGGCCAAAGUAAAAGAAGAGCAGAGGGAGGAAGAAAAGAAAAAGAAGAUUGAGCAAAAAAUGGCUCAGAUUGAUGAGAAAAAUGAUAAGCGUAUGGCAGAGGAGAAGGCCAAGAAGAAGGGGGCCAUUAAACGCCAAGAAGAGCUGGAGCAGAAGAAAAAGUUGGAUGAGGAGGCUCGGCGGAGGAAGAUUCAGCAAGCAGAGGAGGAGAAGCGGCAGCAGGAGUCACUGGCCAAAAAGAAGGCCGAGGAGGAGGAACAGCGAGCUCGUAAGGUGGCUGAAGCUCGCAGAGCACUUGAACUGAAGAGGGAGCAGGAGCGGGAGAGGGAGAGGGAGCUGGAGAGAGAACGACAAGCUGCUGCUGAAAGGGAGCGAGUGGAAAAAGAAAAAGCUCUCGCUCUGCAGCGUGAACUUGAAAGAGCAGCGAGAGAGAAAGAGAGGAGAGAACUGGAGGAGAAAAGAAAACUGCAGGAGGAGCAGCAGAGGUUAGCUGCACAAGAGAAAGCUGCCAAAGAGAGAGAAGCUGCUAAGCAGAGAGAGGCUGCUGCUAAACAGGCUGCUAAUACACAGGCUGCUGCUGGUCUGAAUGUGACUGUGGAUAUCGAGCACUCUGUAAUGAGAACACCAGUAGGAAAAGGUGGUGGCCUCAAUGUGACCGUGGAUAUUGAGCAAUCACCACAGUCAUACUCCAUCACUCCAAAGGGCGGCAACAAACCUCAAAUGACGUCCAAAAAUCCAGAUGAUUAUGGGAUGGACCAGAACAGUGAUGACUCUACUGAUGAUGAAUCUGCCCCGAGGAAACCUAUUCCAUCCUGGGCAGAAGGUCCUAACCUGCAGCAGAUAAUUAUGAAGCAGUACUUCAAUCCUCCUGAUAUAGACUCUUUCUUUGGAGCAAUUGAACCACCAAGACUGGAAAACAUCUUUUACAAGAGCAAGCCUCGCUAUUUUAAACGCACUAGCUCUGCCGUGUGGCACUCGCCACCAAUUGGAACCAAGUAAUGUCUGUACACUGAUAGGCGUACACACUACUGUAUAAAGUUAAAUUUUUGCUUUAAAGUCUGUUUCCAAUAAAGUAACUUUUUUUUUUUCUGAA